UCCAGUAAAGCACACGUCCUAGCGAUGAAGGGCCUCUUACUGUGUGCGCUCGCACUUGCGUUUGCUGUGGUGACCACCGACGCCCAGCGCUGCGGCAAGCAGGGCGAUGGCAUGGAGUGCCCCAACAACCUCUGCUGCAACAAGGAUGGGUACUGCGGCCUGGGCGUCACCUACUGCAAUGCUGGCGCCGGCUGCCAGAGCGGCGCCUGUUAUGACAACAAGAUCUGUGGCGCGCAGGCCGGUGGCGCAUUGUGCCCUAGCAACCACUGUUGUAGCUCAGGUGGUCGUUGCGGCUACGGCAGGGAAUAUUGCAGCAACGACUGCCAGAGCGGUCCUUGCUGGGAUCUCAAGUGUGGCCACCUGGCCAAUGGCAGGCCCUGCCCCAACAACCUCUGCUGCAGCCCAAAUGGUACAUGUGGCCUAGGACCGGAGUACUGCGGUGCUGGCUGCCAAAACGGCGCCUGCAGCACUGACAAGCCGUGUGGCAACAAAGCUAAUGGUGCACCAUGCAGCAACAACUAUUGUUGCAGCCAGUAUGGAUCUUGUGGACUCGGCCAGGAUUACUGUGGUGCCGGCUGCCAGAAUGGCGCAUGCAACUAGUAAUAUUGUGGUACACUCCUUCCUUCAUGGCUGACAUACUCAAGUACGCACUACCUUUAACUGCUGCCAUGGAAGUAUAAGCGUCGCAAUGCAGAAGUAUAAGCAUUGAAACAAGUAAUAAUCAGUGGCAAUAGCUAAUAUUAUUGUCCCAAAUUAAGUUCUGCUUGUACCAGCUAAGUAUGGUUG